AUGAGGCUCCUAAAAGCAGAGACAGCGACGGAGCUUUCUUCCCAUGCCCCAGCCCCAGCUGACGCUUGGAGAAGGGCCACUGGCCUGACCUUUGCCAGAAGGCGCCUGUUCCUGGAGAAGAAACGGAGGCCGGACGGCGGACUGCGAUGCAAGCUCCUGGCGCAGACAGCUCCGGCAGCGGAGAAGCGAAGUGACGAGCAGCUGAGCGGCCGCUUCUCCACGCUGUGGACUGUCGCCUUGGUGGCGCUGAUGGCUUUGCUGAUCGUGGCCACGGUGGUGGGCAAUGCGCUGGUGAUGCUGGCGUUCGUGGUGGACUCCAGCCUGCGGACACAGAACAACUUCAUUUUGUUAAUUCUCAGAGUCUCUUCCUUCUUAGUAGGUGCCUUUUGCAUUCCAUUGUAUGUCCCCUACGUCUUAACCGGGAAAUGGACCUUUGGGCGAAGCUUUUGCAAACUCUGGCUGGUGAUGGAUUACCUGCUGUGCACCACUUCUGUCUUCAACAUCGUACUGAUCAGCUACGACCGAUUCCUCUCCGUGACAAGAGCGGUCUCCUACAGAGCUCAACAGGGGGACACCAAGCAAGCCAUGUUCAAGAUGGCGAUGGUGUGGUUUUUGGCCUUCCUACUCUACGGACCCGCCAUUAUCAGCUGGGAAUACGUAUCUGGUGGAAGCAUCAUCCCCGAUGGGGAAUGCUAUGCGGAGUUUUUCUACAACUGGUAUUUCCUCAUGACGGCCUCCACCAUUGAGUUCUUCACCCCUUUCCUCAGCGUGAUGUUUUUCAACCUGAGCAUCUACCUGAACAUCCACAAACGCACCAAAAUCCGCCUGGAGGUGCUCCACGAAAACCAGAGCCAGAACUUCAUGGAGGAGAUGGAAAUGAGCCCGGAAGCAAAGCUGUCCCUGAAAUGCUGUAAAUGGGAACCGAGAAACCCGGCACAAACUUUGGACGUGCCGAAAUUGGACCUACAAAAGGAGAACGGCCAUGAGGACCCGCAAGAGAAACACUCCCGGACGUCUAGCACCGAGAGUUCUGGGCAACACGGCAACAAACUUAAACCCUCUUCCAAAAGGAGCUAUAAGCAUUCCGCCUCCACUCUCUCCUUGGAGAAACGGAUGAAGGUGGUCUCCCAGAACAUGACGCAACGUUUCAGGCUGACCCGGGACAAGAAAGUAGCCAAAUCGCUUGCGGUUAUUGUGGGCAUUUUUGGCCUCUGCUGGGCACCGUACACGCUGCUUAUGAUCAUCCGGGCGGCCUGCCACGGCCACUGCAUCCCCGAAUUCUGGUACGAGACUUCCUUCUGGCUCUUGUGGAUCAACUCUGCCAUCAACCCGAUCCUGUAUCCCCUGUGUCACCAUAGCUUCAGGAGAGCUUUCGUGAAACUCCUGUGCCCUAAGAAACAGCCCCACAGUUCUUUCCAAAAAUGCUGGAAAUAA